CAGAGUUAGAUCCCUUGACAAUAUAGUGACCUUCACCCUCGCCUCGUUUUGGUAGAGCUGCCGUCGAUAUACAAUCAUGUUUUGCCGGACGGCGCAAACAUUUAUUCCACAAUGCACGCAAGUGCGUGGAAUGGCGACAUUGAAGGAAAUUCGUGUCAGAUUAAAGUCUGUCACCAACAUUCAAAAAAUCACCAAAUCCAUGAAGAUGGUGUCAGCAGCAAAAUAUGCAAAAGCUGAAAGAGAAUUGAAGCCUGCCAAACCAUACGGAGAGCAAGCUACCGCCCUGCAACAGAAUAUGAAUAUGAAGGAAGAUGAAGAAACAGAGAUGAUCCUAGCCUUGACCUCUGACCGAGGUCUCUGUGGUUCAGUCCACUCCAGUGUGGUCAAAGCCAUCAAGGCCAGGCUAGCAGAGAAGGACGAUUGUAAACUGUUAUUGGUUGGGGACAAAGCCAAGGCCAUGUUACAAAAGGUACAUGGGAAGAAAGUUCUAGGACAUUUUAAUGAUAUAGGAAAAGUUGUUCCUGUGUUUCAAGAUGCUUCAAAGAUUGCAAUGUCAGCAAUUACCUUUGGCCUUCAGGACUUCACGAAAGUUACCAUGUAUUUCAACUCCUUCAAGAGUGUUGUAGCCUUCAGAACCCUCAAUAUAGCUCUGCCAACCAAAAACAACUUAGCUGGAUCAGAGAAUUACAACCUUUAUGACAGCAUCGAUGAUGAAGUCCUGCAAGCCUAUAAUGAGUUCACACUAGCCACCAUGAUUUACUAUGGUCUUAAAGAGGCACAGUGUAGUGAACAAAGCUCCAGAAUGACAGCUAUGGACAGUGCUAGCAAAAAUGCAGGAGAAAUGAUUGACAAGCUGACCUUGACCUUCAACAGGACCAGACAGGCUGUGAUCACUAGAGAGCUUAUCGAGAUCAUUUCAGGAGCAGCUGCUUUGUAAUGAUUGUGUUACACAAAGACACAAAAUAAAUUCACUAAUAUCAUACCAGUGGCCAGGGUGAAACACCAUUUACAUUUAAAGUGUGGAAAUGUGAAAAUGUAGUGCUGAAUCUUUUGAAUUAUUACGUUUCAACUGAUUAAAGAAUUUGAGGUAUA